UUUUUUUUUUUUUACUUUAAUAUCCAUUAUUUAUACCUUUUCUAUCUCUCUUUCUUUCCCUUUAUUUUUUUUUAAAAAAUAAUAAUAAGAAUGACUGCAUCAAGAGUAGAGUUGAUUAUUUGGGUCAAUGGACUAUUACAAAGCACAUAUACCAAAGUGGAACAACUUGGCACAGGUGUGGCCUAUUCCCAGAUCAUUGAUUCUAUCUAUGGAGAUGUUCAUUUGGCGAAAAUCAAGUUUGAUUGCAAACAUGAAUAUCAAUAUAUCGAGAAUUUCAAGGUACUACAACAAGCUUUUGAAAAACACAAAAUUGAUAAGGUGAUUCCGGUGGAAAAAUUGGUCAAAUGUCGAUUUCAAGAUAAUUUGGAGUUUCUGCAAUGGAUUAAGGGGUAUUGGGAUAUGUAUCAUCAAGAUGAACAUUAUGAUGCCUUUGGAAGAAGACAAAAAAGUAUGGCCAAAGUCGCUAGGGUAUAUUCUGAUGCUACUUUGUAUUCUUUGAAAUCUUUUGGACAUCAACCCACUUUUUUCUCAGAUCAAGGAUCAUGUGCAUCUUCCACCACGUCUUCAUCUACCGCUCUGGCCACACCUAUUGAUGUCCAUUAUCCAAUGAUGAAAUGUCGUUCGCCAUCAACCUCUUCCACCAUUCUUUCCAAUUCCUCCUUGGACAUUAAAAAUCCUUCCUUAUCACAUGGCAAUACGAAGAUCAUCGAAUUAAAUCAACGUUUAGCUCAACUACAACUCACCGUCAACUCUUUACGGGAAGAAAAGGAUUUUUAUGACUCAAAACUGGAAAAGAUUGCCCAUUUAUUGUCCUCCUUAUCACCAACCACCAUGCAUACUCUGCAAAAAGUGAAAGCCAUAUUAGAGGACGAUCAUUUGGUUUAGUUAGCUUAGUUAGGAUUGCAUGAAAAAUAUAGGUGGAAUGACAGUGACGGAUGACUGUGUCAUUUUAUGUCGCUAUAUAUUAUUAUUUUAUUUAUCCUGACUCUUUAUUUCUUUUUUUUAUUUAUCCUAUUUGAAUAUAUAUAUAUUAUCAUCUU